AUGAUGAAGAUGGAGUUCAAGUUUUUGACGUUGUUGAUCCUCAACGUUCCCACUCUAGUGUCGGCAGCUAAUUCCUGUGCUUGUUUGGCACAAGAUCUUAGCUUUACCAUCAACUGUGAUGACACAGCCACCAUGUUGACAGCUCUUAACGAUCUCAAGACCAGUGCAUGUGCUACCGCCUGCACGUCGGAUGAAUGUGUUAAGAACUACUACAUUAUGCAAUCCCAUCAUGAUUACUGUCCCGAGGCUGGGAUCCCACAAGAAAUUGAAGAUGGAUUUCAUGACUUUGAUGACUCUUGUACUCCCUGCAAAAUCCAACGUAAACCUACCGAGGGUGCUCCUCCUUGUCCCACGCCCAAUUGCGAGGAUAACUCGGGCAAUGACGCCUACACCAAGUUGGUCGACAGUGGAUGUGGAACGGACUGUUCUUCCGACAUUUGCCGUGAUGCCUUUUUCACGGUCCGCGCGGCGCAUGAUACCUGUCCACAUGAUACCUUGUCCAGAGCUGCUGAAGAGGGUCUUCACGACCUGGAAAUCCCUUGUGCAAAUCAGAUUUGCAAUCCUGGAGAGGAAGAUCAAAUCACCUGCAAGGAAGAGGACGAGCAUGAACUUGAAGAUCACGGCGAGGAGGAAACAACAUCCGAAGAAACCCCUGCCAGUGGCGCUUUCCGUCCCGUUACUGCUGGAGCUGGCUUGAUGGGUUUCAUUAUGAUGUGGGCUUAG